AUUAGCUUAUGGGCAUCUAGGAUUUGAUAUCCCAAUGGUUGUGGAUGCUUGGGGAAAAUAUAGCUGGUCAAUUUUUUUAUUUUGAGUGUCGGUAACGGGAUGUAAAACUUGGAUCGAUUCUAUAAUUUUGGGCUUUUGCUAAAUUUUACUUCAGGAGCAUAAUUUUUUUGGCUUUAAAUACAGUGGAAACGAGAUGGGUUAAAGUUCAUUUGGUGUUUCAUAUGCCAAAUAUUCUUCAUGUUUUCAAGUGAAUUCGAAUGCUCUUAAGGGAAAAACUUUAAUUUAGCAAGACAUAUGCUUAGGAUUCUGUAUGAGUUGCUGGUUAGAGUUAUUGUUACUUUUCUGGCAGGGAGUCCCUUCUCUCUCUCUCUCUCUCUCCCCUUCUUCUUCUUCUUCUUUUUUCCUAUUGUGGCGAAUCACUGUAAAGGAUGGAUUUAUGAUAUAUGAUGCUAUUGAAUACUUAACAAAAUCAAACCUAUUUCAUUCCUGUGAUUAAUUAACUUGGACAUAUUUUAGGACUACUCACUCUUUGAUGUAUCGUUGCAGUUUGGACUUUAGAAAUAGAAUACAUGGGCUAGAGAGGUUUUCCAACUCCAAUCAUGGAUACUAAUUCACUUGCUCCCCCUAAGGAUCAAAAAGAAAAAUCGAGUAUUCCUAUUGAGGUUGCUAAUGUAGAGAAACAGUUGUUGACAUCGAUCCAUACCAAAGGUAUAUUGCACUCUGAUGUUCAAGCCUUGUACAAAAACGUUUGUGCUAGUUAUGAGAAAACCAUCCUUAGUGACCGUGAAGUGGCGGAACUUCAAGAUGUUGAAUACUCUUUAUGGAAGCUUCACUAUAGGCAUAUUGAUGAAUUUCGUAAAAGAAUAAAGAAAAGCUCUGUUAAUGAAGAGGCUAACAAAUCUAUGGCAACACAAAGUGGAGCUGCUGUACAGAGAAGCAAUGACAAUCCUGUAGAAGGGUUUAAGUUAUUUCUCUUAGAAGCAACUAGAUUUUAUCAGAAUUUGAUCAUAAAAAUUAAAAGAUAUUAUGGGCUCCCAGAAGACUUUUUGUUCUGUAGAAGAGGUGGAAAUUCUGCUUCUGUUGAACCCAAAAAAAUGCAGAAAUUGCAAUUCUUAUGCCAUAGAUUUCUAGUUUGUCUUGGGGAUCUUGCUAGAUACCGAGAGCAAUGUGAAAAGUCAGACAUACAGAACCAGAACUGGUCAGUUGCAGUUACACAUUACUUGGAAGCUACAAAGAUUUGGCCACACAGUGGAAACCCCCAAAAUCAGUUGGCAGUGUUGGCAACAUAUGUCGGUGAUGAGUUCCUAGCAUUGUACCACUGCAUAAGAAGCUUGGCUGUUAGGGAGCCUUUCCCGGAUGCAUGGAAUAACCUUAUUUUAUUGUUUGAAAGAAACAGGUCAUCCCACUUACAUUCCCUUUCUGCUGAGGCCCACUUUGAUUUCUUCAAUCCCUUUGAAAGUACUAUCCAGAUCAAAUCUCAAUCAACUAAUGAUCCAUCAAAUUGCAAGAUGGUACAAGCACAGGAUGAAGGCUUGAGGGGAAUGCAUUUAUGGCCUCUUUUCAUUAGAACAAUAAGUUUCUUCUUCAUAAAAUCCAGUUUGGAGGACUUCCCUUUUACUUUUGCUUCUACUAUAAAAGAGCUGGACGCAUUGAUGGCACUAGGCGAUGUACAAUUAAAAGCUGCAAUGGAAUCCUAUCAGCGUAUGGAUUCAGCAAGAAGCGGUCCCUUUCGGAAUCUUCAAGUUGUCUCUGUAUUUAUCUUUGUCAUUGAGAAUCUGAUAAGGAGCCCAGAAGCAAGAGAUUCAAAGAACAAGAAUGAUAUGCAUCAGUUUGAGUUGAUACGAGAGGCAUUGACUGCUACAUUCAUUUUCAUGGGACGCCUUGCUGAAAGAUGCUUGAAGGCAAAUGUCUUGGACUCUUGUCCCCUUUUACCAGCUUUACUUGUGUUUUCAGAGUGGCUGGAGAGCAUUCUUGAUGAAGCAGAAGUAUAUGGAUCUAAUGAAAAAAGUACAAGUGCUAUAUCUUAUUUUUUCGGUGUUUAUCUUGAACUUCUGAAGCGAUUUGAUAUUAACAAGGGUGAAGUCAAGCCUCCAUGCAGCAUUGCUCUGUGGGAAGACUAUGAGCUGAGGGGCUUCGCACCAUUAGCUUCUUCUCAUGUGUCAUUAGAUUUUUCAAGCCACUGGGGACAUGCAGACAGUUAUGAAUGUGGCACUGAAUGCCGUGCUCAACGCAUUAUUAAUGCUGCAAUCAAGAUAGCAGAAAGAUCAAAUGGUGAUCGGAAGUGGAUCUGCUAUGAUAAAUCUGGAAGAAAAUUUUAUGUACCAGAGUUGAAUAAAUUUGCAAACAAGAAAGAAACAGAUAAGGUGGAGUCCUGUGGUAAUGUGGAAGUGGAUGAUUCUGAUCAGCAUAUUCACAAAAUGACGGAGGGAUCUGAGAAGAUUGAGGAGAAACCAAAUAACUCUCAUGUAAUCAGCAAGUCUGUUGCUGUGGAGGAGGAAGAAGUCAUUCUCUUCAAGCCUCUCACAAGAUAUAAUUCUGCACCAAUUUAUAAUGGUAUUGCAGCUAAUGAUCAAACGACUCCAGAAGAUAAAUUGGACCAGAUAGUACCUGCUGAUGAAUGUUUGCGACGUGCGACUUCACUGCUAAUAGCACAAAACCAGGUCCAGGGUGAUUCUUCAGCAUUCCAUUCUGAUCUCACUAAUUUUAGGCGCAACAAGCCAUUGCAACAUCAGGAGCCUCUUGUAAAGGAUGCUGUAGCACACCCAUUUUCAGAAUUCUCUAUUUCUUCUUCUGGGCCUUUCUCUUUCAGCACCUCCAUCUCUGCCGGACCACCCUCACUCAAUGCUUGGGUCCUCAAUAGAGGAAGUUUGAGCAAUGAUAGAGCGAAAGGGCAAAGAGAGAUGAAUAAAAUGCGGCCUAUUGAGGAAAUAGCAUCUGCAUCACUUAAUGAUCUCUUCAUCAGUGAUGCUGAGAAUUCUGUCAUUAGUUUAGGGCAUGAAGCUGUUACCAUGCAUAACUCUUCUCCUGCUUAUUCAGCACCAUUGCCUUCUGCUCCACUCUUGCCUGAUUAUUCUAUUUGGUUUAAUGGCAUUCAAUCUACCUUCUCUGACUACAAUGGCUUGGGAAACAUCAACAGAACAAACAAUUUCUUUGAUGCAUCACAAGUGAGCAGCUAUUCAAAUUGGACAGGUUCUCAGCAGCCACUUGAUUAUGGUCUUGGUAUCCCUGGUUUGGUGGAUGGAUAUCCACCAUUGCGUCGAAUGACUUCAUCUGAAUGGCUUCGUCAAUACAGGGAAAAUCAUAAUCUUGAGCGGACCACAAGUCAAACAUGGCCAGUACAUUCAUAUGCUACUGUGAACUCAGGAAACCUCUAUGGUUAUGAUAUGUCCAGGUCUGGUCUUUUUGAUCAAUUUGGAGCUCCUUUGGCUACUAAUCCAUUGAUUUAUGAGGAGAGCCCACCGUUGCAUUCAGGUUUUCCUCCUGUUUAUGGCAAUGUUGACUACAGAAGGGACAAGCCCUAUCCUGGUUAUCAAAGACCAAGCCCUUAUGGGUGCGGUGCUGUGAAUGAGCCUGAGCCUCUUUUGCAGUUUCUUAAGGAGAAAGAAUGGCUGCUCCAGCAAGAUCCAACCUUGAGAGGUCCUGCAUAUAUGGGAAGUUGAAAUUUUCAUAUGACCAUAGAAUAUGAGCCUUUCACAUGGCUGCACAACUUUCAUUGGAACUUCAUUGCCACAAAAUGCUUAGGAGGCUUUAUUUAUUUUUUUUCAGCAUAUAGUAGGCCUUAAAUGGUCAUUUAUGUGGGUUUAUAACUUUAAAUGUCUGUUAAUGGGAUGUGUACAUAUGUUGUCUAAUAGAGUAUUUUCGUUGGAAAGAAGAGCUUAAGGAUGUCUAUAGAAAAAAUUUCUGCCGUUCUAA